UGUGAUGUCGCCCCACCAAGGAGCGCCAUCAAAACUAAACUAAACAAGAUAUUCAUUUCCCAGUGUGAGAGAGUAUUAGUUUUAGGCCAUGAGUUAUAGAAGGAGUGCUAGUGUUGAAUGACUUUCUGAUAUUUGGAAACAGAUGGUUUGAUAGAUUAGUGUUGCUCUUACAGGGACAGACUGGGCUUUGGUGCACACUGCAGUGUUGGAAGGAUAAUUGUUAAGGCUUGUUUUGCAGAACAUCUCCUGACUGCAUAUCUAAGACUAGAAACAGGUUGUAGUCAAGCUGCUGUUUGAAAACUAACCUUGAUCAAUUAUUGAACACGGUGGAUAUCGAUUUACUGUUUGCCUGUUUUAACUGUUACCAUGGCAGAGGCUCAUAUAUUAUUAACCAUUUGGGUGUCUACUUUUUGUACUCGAGGUAUUUUCAGCUCAUUUUGACACAUCAGUGGGGAUAUUAUUGUUUGAUAAUUGCACUAACUAACUAUGGCUUAGGCUGAGAGAGCACGUCUGGCUUUUCUGAAUGGGAUGUGAAACAUGUGAGACAUUCUUGUAUUUCAAUGGAGGGGCCAAAACUGAAACAGGAGAGACAAAAGGCUGGGAAAACAGUCCGUUUUAGAGUAGCAUCUGCCAACAGUGGUCGGGUCUUAGCAGAGGUGUUCAAGGAUGAAACCGCAUGGUGUGCCUCACUGUCCAACUCAGUGGACUCUGACUGCACCAGCAGCCCAGAGACAGAGCAGAAGAGCCCACCUCCCACCAGCGAGGCCAACAGCCAUCUAAACGGCCUGGCGGAGGAAGCAUCUCAGGACGAGAACGGCUGUGAACCCGAUGACCUGCUUUUGUACGCCAGUGCCAAGAGAGAGAUGCUCUUCAACAACAAACGGAUCAAUAUCUGCAGCAAGAAUGGGACCAUACGAGGAGUGAGAAACAAAGUGAGCGCAGGCCAAGUGCUUUUCAACAACCUCUCCAACAUGUACACUGGUUCCCUUCGUCAUCAGAAAAAGAGACCCUGGGAAAAGGAGUGAACAGCUUCAUACACUGUGGUCAGCAGAGAGAAACAGCCAUGUGGCUGAAGUUUGUCUUAUAAUUUGGUUUACACCAGGACUCCACACUUAACUCACUUAAAUUUAUUGAAGUAUCUGGUCAAAAAAACCACUCAACUCUUCUUUUAUGACUGCUUUAAAAUGACAACAGCUUUACAGAAUAACAGAUAUCCAGUCUGUUCGAGUUCUUUGAUUCAGUUUCAUAUCCCUGAAGAGCAAGUACCUUUAAAGUUGAUAAAUUUAUAAUCAUUUGAAAGAAAGAACUAAACAUUUUAAACAUUACCAGAAGAGCUAAAUAUGUGUUUUGUGUGACAGUUAUUUUUUUUUAAUUUUUAUUUAUUUAUUUUACAAAAGCAUGUAACCUUUAACUUAAACAACUGAACUACCCAACAAAACAACUUACAAGUUCACUGAGACUUUGAAUGGGUUUCUGAAAAAGCUUUUAUUUUUUUAGGAUGUAAGUAUAACUGUGACCCAGAAUUUCAUAUGAUUUUGAUAUUUGGUGGAGUCUCAUGCUGAAUUAUGUGAAAGUGCAUGUUUUUCUAAGCAUUUUUUAAUGAUGUUUGUACUAGACUGAGUGUGAUUCAUAUCAUUUUUAAUCCACAAUUUCACAUAUAAACAGUAACCAUCCUUCCUCUGUUUUAAAUUUCUCAA